GGCGGGAGACGUGGCAGUGCGUGGCGCGGUGGCGGCGCUGCGGUGCGCGUGCGCGCCGGCGCUACGGCUGCUGGGGGCUGUAGUCCGCGGCGGAGCUGGUCGGCGCCUCAUUCAUUGCCGGCGGCGCCUGGGGUUUUUGUAGCUGAAGGAAAAUGAUGGAAGAGAGUGGAAUAGAGACAACUCCACCUGGCACGCCCCCACCAAGCACAAGAGGGGCGGCUGCUGCUGCCUCUGUUACACCCGUCUCACUAGGAGUCCUUGAAGAUUCACCUGAAUCUGCUUUGUCUAGUCCCCUUGCUACACCAAGCAUGUCGUCGUCUUCUGCAUACUCUCCACCCUUACCAGCUGCAGUGUCUCCAGUUCCUCCUAUGAUGACUUCCGCUCCUCUUCCAUUUGUGCCUUCGGCAACCAUUUCUACUAUUGCACCACUUCUGACUCCUGCCCCAACUCCUGCUGCCCCUUCAGCUUUUAGUACCUCUGUGUCCCGGUUCUCUGCACCACCUCCGUUAAGCUCUACUCCUGGUCCUGGUCUCCCUGCACCACCUACUGGUCCCCCCAUUUCAGGAUUUUCCCUGAGUUCAACCUAUGACAUUACCAGAGGUCAUUCUGGUCGAGCACCACAGAGCCCACUGAUGCCAUCGUUUUCUGCACCUCCGGUCACAGGUGUUCUGGCAGAUCCUGUUACUCAGCAAGCAACUUUCUCAUCACCUUUGGCUCCUGGAACUGCGAGUGGUUCUGCAAUCACUUUUCCUGAGGAGCAUGAAGACCCCAGAAUAUCUACAGCCCAGAGUGGAGCUCCUGGUGGAGGACUGUGGGGAUUUAUAAAGGGUGUAGCUGGGAAUCCCAUGGUGAAGUCUGUUCUUGAUAAAACCAAACAUUCAGUAGAGACCAUGAUCACAACGCUGGAUCCUGGCAUGGUUCCAUAUAUCAGAACUGGGGGAGAACUAGACAUAGUGGUUACUUCUAAUAAAGAAGUAAAAGUUGCAGCAAUUAGAGAUGCCUUUCAAGAAGUCUUUGGAAUGGCUGUUGUUACUGGAGAGGCUGCGCAGUCUAACAUUGCACCACAGCCUGUGGGCUAUGCUGCUGGAUUAAAAGGAGCCCAAGAAAGAAUAGACAGCUUGCGUCGGACAGGAGUAAUACAUGAAAAACAGCCUGCAGUAUCCGUAGAAAACUUCAUUGAGGAAUUGCUUCCUGACAAGUGGUUUGACAUAGGAUGUCUGAUUAUUGAGGAUCCAGUUCAUGGAAUUCAUCUGGAGGCUUUUACCCAAGCAACACCAGUGCCUUUACAAUAUGUUCAGCAGGCUCAGAGUCUCACUCCUCAGGACUACAACCUGAGAUGGUCAGGCCUGUUGGUGACAGUGGGUGAAGUGCUUGAGAAGAAUUUACUGAAUGUCAACCGGACUGAUUGGCAUAUGGUAUUCACUGGCAUGUCCCGUCGACAGAUGAUCUACAGCGCAGCCAAGGCUCUAGCAGGGAUGUACAAACAACGCUUGCCACCCAGGACCGUUUGAAAGAAGACUGAUCCAUGACACUAAGGAACACUGUUUUUGUUUCUGGAGUGGAAAUGAAAGCUACGUAUUCUAAUCCUCAGUGGAUACAACACAGAUUUGUAACCUACCUGUAACUGUAUAUUACUUUUUAAGAAUUGAAGGUACUUUCCAGUAGUGGAAAUGAGCAGUUCCAAUUUUUAAUAACCGGGUGAUUUCCAAUAUGAUUCACAAAAGAGGAAAUUAGAGCAAACAGAUAUGUUUAUAACUGGGACAAAUAGCAUUACAGUUUGUAAAACGGGAUGUGCUGUUGUUUGACACCUUGAUAGGCAUUUGCUGAGAUAUUAAAUAUUUUAUUUACUCAGUAUGUUUUUAAAGAAGGGGUCUAUUGUUUAGCUGUUACUACUGUAUUAGUAAUAUAAACAUGUUGACAACAUAACGUAUAUCUGAUACAUGCAUUUCAAUCCAGAGGGACUACCUUCUGUGUUAGAUAUUUUCUUUGGGUCUGUGCAUAGGUGGUACUUUACACCUGACAGGUUUGGCGUCUGUAUAUAAGUUCUCAGGACUGAUGCUGAGGAGUUUUUAAAACAUCUAACAGUGAGCUGCUGAGGAAGAGCACAAAUCCAUGCUCAGCUGGUUGAAUGAAGUCUGGGCAAAUAAUUCUGAAUUUUUAUUUUCCAUGCUGCAUCUUUUUAUAUAUGGAUCUUCUGUAGCAGAGAUAAAAUUCAUCUCCCUUUGAAACACUAGACCAAUUUCAAGUUGUUUCAGUGGGUUUUAGAUCAGGUACCAUAUACACAAGAAAUUAUCUCAGCAUUGCAGUUCCAGCAACAUAAUUUUCUCCGGUAUUUCCAAACUUUAUAUUUUAUAUGGAAUUAUGUAAUUUCUUCCAUGAAGUUGUGGGUAUCAGCAAGUUAAUGUGGAAAAUGGUGGCAUUUAUACCACUUGCUUAGCUAUCCUGGAUUUUCUAAAACAUUUAUAAAUCUUAAAUGCCUUUCUUGAUGUCAUGGGUUCAUUGUUUCUCAUGUAGGUCUUCGUUGGUGUCUGUUUUUCAUAGCUAAGAAUGCCCUUUAUCUAUGCUCACACAAUCUUAAAUCUUUAUUCAGAAAUACAGAAGUAAUUGUGAGAGAAAAUAUUUUGGUAAAAUACUUUUUUUUUUUUAAACAAAGAACAAAUAAUUUUUGUUUGCCUUUAAAAAAAAAAAAAAAAAAAAGCAACCUUUUCAGCUUAUAUUGCUCUGCCUUUACCUUUCUUAAAUGUUUUCAAAGGACACUUUUAUAUACAAUAUACUGUUAAGCCAGCUUGUAUUUGUACCCAGUGAAAGCCUGUCUAUUUCCAAGUAAUAUAUUUUGCCUUAAUUGGCUUCCUCUGUAAAUUAGUUGAAUAAAUGUUUUUUCUAGAUGAUUGUACCUAUUUUAAAGCUCUAUCUUUUAAUAUAGCUGGUGUACAGUGUUUAUUGGAAUUACAUUUACCUGGUCCAGUUACUUAUUUGGCACAUGCUCCAACUGUCUGUCUUGUCUGAAAAUUACCAAGCCCUGAACCUGAUUCUUUUAGUCUUGAGGUCUCUCUUUAGGAGCACUUUUGCUCUUUGUAUCAUAAACUAAAAGGGUGGUACAGGGACUUCUGUUUGUCAGUAAAGGUGUGUUUGCUCUUCAGCUUGUUUUAUUGUAAUUUCAGUUUGCGGUGUAUAAUAUGUGAAAUGCUUUUUUUUUUUUUUUUUUUUUUUUUUUUGACUUUUUUUUUGACUUUUUUUCCCCCCCGCUACAGCAUCUUUGAUGAUAUAAUGGAAGAGGAAGCAAACUAGUCAGUAGGUUUGUGUGUGCUGGUAUGAAUUAAAAUUAAAAUUGAAGUGGAAUUUCUUUUUUCCUUC